CUCUGCCACACCUGCAUCUACGGGACAGGCAGAUGGUAGGUAUAUGAAUGAUCCAAUAUCCGACUGCCGUAGUCGUUAUGGCCCGUGGAGAACUUUUGACGUGAGUGAGCAAAUGUGAAGCCCUUGUUUUCGUUUUAUCUUUCUUGUGUACAACCGGCUCGUCAAUGAGUCCCGUCACCAUGCUCUCAGCUCCCAAUGCCCAGAGCGGCACAAACUACUGGGAAACUCCCGACUACAAAGGCAACGCGAUACGAGCUGGUGACAUCGUACUUGUCAUUUUGACGGCUUUCUUCGUUGGAAUUCGGCUAUACGUGAGACAGUUUAUGACCAAGUCUCUAAGUUGGGAUGAUGGAAUUGCGGUACUCGCGUUCGGAACCAUCACAACAAUGUCGAUAAUGGACAUUAUCGCUGUCAAUUAUGGCAGCGGAGCACAUAUUGAUCUCGUGCCAGAGCCAUUGGUAGAGAAAUUCCAACAAUCUCUUACUACUCAGGGGUUACUAUUUUACUGGACCGUUGGCUUGGUGCGCCUUGCCACAGCUGUGUUUCUCCCACGCCUUAACAAAGAUAAGUCAUUUAUGAUCCCUGUAUACACCAUAGCCGGAAUUGCGCUUGUCCAUUUGCUCGCCUUCUUUUUCUACGCCCUGACGGGUUGCAAUCCCAUCGGAGAUCAAUGGAAACCGCCCCCAAUGACGGUUGGCCACUGCAGGUCUGCCCAAGCCAACGAUUACAUGAUGUUUGUUCAUUCCAUCACGGGUAUCAUGAUCGACCUCGUCCUGAUAGGCCUUCCCAUCUGGGUGGUUUACGAUAAAAUGAUCUUUUCCCGGAGGAAAUUCCAGGUCAUACUCGUCUUCAGCGUUGGUUUCUUCGCCGCGGCAACAGGGGUUGUGCGACUAUACUUUAUGAAGACUCUAGAUUUCACAGUUGAUCCUACCUACAAGAUGUCUACCGUCGGCCUCUGGACCGUCCUUGAAGGCCACGUCGGCCUCUGGUGCAGCUGCUUCCCCGCUGUCCAACCCGUCAUCCGCAUCAUCUCGUACAAGCUCGGCCUGCGCAGCAAGUUGGCUAGCACCAGCUACGGCGCGAAACCGAGCGGUGAGAAUAAUGCCAGCAGCUCGCGGUCGAGAGGAUACAUCGCGGCGGUUACAGCGGGGGGUAGUAACUCCAAACACCGGUAUCUGCGCAGCGGGAGCGGUAUCGAUGGUGUGGGCAACGAGACGGAUAGCGAGAGCCAAAAGGGGUUCGUCACGAGAGCAGAGGAGAUGUAUGGGCUGGAUGAAAUAUGCAAGCAGACUGUGGUUCGUGUGAGUAUUGAAAGCAGGGCUGUAGACCAACGUGGAGAAGAAUGUGAGGCGGGAAAGCUGCGUUGAGGUUUGAACACUGAAGGCGGUUUGAUGUGGAUAAUUAACUUUUCGGUCAAAUACAGCCUUUGGUUAGUUACACGAAGCCGUGGCUUACAACAUGCUUUUGACUGUAUUGGCGCGGGGGGAAUCUAUUCUAGGCCCACUGAUGUCCUGCCAACCAAGGUAAUGGCAUAUACAUGACUCUUAUAGUACCCCGAGGAUUUGGUUACGGAACAUUGAUACCCAUAGUGCACAAAGGUCGAAGGGGAACAUUGUUGACUUAUUCAUAGCUGGUGGCUUCUAUAGCGGUUCAUCCAGGGUUUAUACGGACAGAGAUUUAAUAUAGGUCCAGAAUAAACACACAAAAAGCACCUUGUAAAUGUUGCACGGACCAGGUACAAUACGUUAGAAGAUAAUAUCUCUGGAGAAAGGGGCCAGUUGGGAGGAAUUGGAUAGUGAUAAAAAAUACAAGCGCAACAGGUAG